UUCCCAGCAAACCGUUCUUCCCCUAACCGGAACUGGGAAAUGUAAACUGGGAUCGGUGAUGUCCCGCAGCUCCCGCGUGCUCUCCGCUCCCGGGCUGCAGAUCCACUUAUUUAAAUCUGCGCCAUGUCGCGCUGGAUUCCCACCAAAAGGGAGAAAUACGGUGUGGCUAUCUUUAACUAUGAUGCAAAGGGGGAGCAUGAGCUGUGCCUCCAGGUGGGGGACACGGUGCACAUACUGGAGAUGUUUGAAGGUUGGUACAGAGGACACACUCUGCGCCAGAAAUCAAAAAAGGGGAUUUUUCCAGCCACCUACAUCUACCUGAAAGAAGCGAAAGUUGAAGGGACAGGAAAAAAGGAGACUGUAAUACCUACAGAUCUUCCCCUGGUGCAGGAGUUGGGCACUACGCUGCGAGAAUGGGCACAGAUUUGGUACAGUUUGUAUGUGAACAAUAAGAGCACACUGUUCCGCAGUGUUCAGCAGAUGGCCUACAGUCUGAUAGAGUAUCGCUCACAGAUCGUCUCCGGAACACUUCCUAAAGAUGACCUGGUGGAGUUAAAGAAGAAAGUCACAGCCAAAAUCGAUUAUGGAAACAGGAUUCUGGGACUGGACUUGGUAGUUCGUGAUGAAGCUGGAAAUACGUUAGACCCAGAGUGCACCAGUACAGUCAGUUUAUUCAGAGCCCACGAGUCCGCAUCCCGCAGUAUUGAUGAACGGAUACAAGAAGAAAAGACACGUCUCCAGAACUUGGCCCUGCGCCGUCAGUCUCUCUACAGUACUGCCCACACCUAUAGCCUCCUUUUAAACCUCAAGAACUUUGUCUGUAACAUUGGUGAAGAUGCUGAACUGCUUAUGUCUCUUUAUGACCCAGACCAGUCAGAGUUCAUCAGUGAGAAUUUCCUGGUGCGGUGGGACAGUAAAGGUAUGCCUAAAGAGAUUGAGAAACUCAACAACCUGCUGGCACUUUUCACGGACCUGGGCAGCAGUGACCUGAUGAGACCUCACCUGUUCCUGGUGUGUCAGAUCGUCCGGGUGGGCAGCAUGGAGCUGAAAGAAGGCAAGAAGCACACUGGAGGACUGCGGAGGCCUUUUGGAGUAGCAGUGAUGGAUAUAACAGAUAUUGCUCAUGGGAAAGCUGAUGACGAUGAAAAACAACAUUUUAUUCCCUUUCAACAGAUUGCUAUGGAGACAUAUAUCCGCCAGAGACAGCUGAUCAUUUCCCCGCUGAUCCCGUCUCGAGUUAUGGGAGAGAACGAACCUCUUACUGCUGUUUUCAACAAAGUCAUCGCUACUCGUGACGUCAACCACAAAGGACAAGGUCUGUUUGUGACUCUAAAGCUGCUGCCAGGGGAUCUGGCUCAGGUUCAGAAGAACUAUCCUCACUUUGUGGAUCGUUCUACAGCCAUUGUCCGGAAAAUGGGUUUUCCUGAAAUCAUUCUGCCAGGAAACGUGAGGAAUGACCUGUACGUGACUCUGCUGCAGGGAGAGUUUGACCGCGGGAAGAAGAAAACGCCCAAAAACGUGGAGGUGGUUAUGAGCGUGCUCAAUGAAGAAGGAAAUCCAAUAGAGAAAGCAAUAUUUCCUGGAGCUGGAUGUGACGGGAUCACAGAGUACAAAUCGGUCAUUUAUUACCAGGUCAAGCAGCCAUGCUGGAACGAGACGGUGAAGGUGGCCAUCCCAAUAGAAGACGUGUGCCGCUGUCAUCUGAGCAUGACCUUCAGACACCGAUCCUCUCAGGAUUCAAGAGAUAAGUCUGAAAAACCCUUUGGAAUGGCUUUUGUUCGAUUAAUGAAAUCAGAUGGUACCACUCUGAGAGAUGGAAAACAUGACCUCAUCGUCUACAAGGUGGACAUAAAGAGAGCAGAAGAUGCUAAGACCUAUCUGAUGCUGCCCAGUUCUUGGGCUGAGGUGGAUGACUAUGAGAAACAUAGUGGAAAACCUUUCCAGAACUCAGCACCCAUUCCAGUCACUAAGGACAGUUUCCAGAUCAACACCCUCACCUGUUCCACAAAGCUCACACAAAAUGUGGACCUUCUGGGCCUUCUGAACUGGAGAUCACACACGGAGCAGUUAGAGAAAACCCUACAGAGACUGAUGGAGGUGGAUGGAGGAGAGAUUGUUAAGUUUCUUCAGGACACACUGGACGCCCUGUUUAACAUAAUGAUGGAAACAUCAGAGAAAGACACUUACGAUUCUUUUGUGUUUAACGCUCUGGUGUUUAUAAUUUCCCUGAUUGGAGACAUAAAAUUUCAGCACUUCAACCCAGUCCUGGAGACGUACAUAAACAAGCACUUCAGUGCCACUCUGGCACACAUGAAAUUGACCAAAGUAUUAAAUUACUAUGUUAGUCAUGCUGAGGACCCAGCAGUGUCAGAGAGGCUCUACUCAUCUCUGAAGGUCUUUAAGUACCUUUUCCGGUUCAUCGUCCAGUCUCGUGUCCUUUACCUCAGGUUUUACGGGUAUAGAGAGGACGGGGAUGAAUUUCUUUACUCUAUUCGAACCCUCUUCCUGUCAGUCAACACUCUAAUGGACAGGCCUCUAGACGAAGCUGUGAAGAUAAAGGGGGCAAUUCUGAAAUACCUUCCCACCAUCAUCAACGACAUCCAGCAGGUUUUUGAUCAGGUAGAGCUCAGUGUUCUUCUGGCGAAGUUUAUUGAGAGUAUUCCAGACUCUCAGCUGGUGAGGCAGAAGUUGGGCUGUAUGGUGAAGAUUGUGGAGAGUGACCUGUUUAAACUUCCCGCCUGCCGUGAUGUUCUCCUGCCCCUGAUUACUGACCAGCUCAGUGGCCAGCUGGAUGACCAUUCCAAUAAGCCUGACCAUGAGGCUUGCGUGCAGCUCUUGAGUACUGUACUGGACAUGUUGGACCGCAAAGAUGUGGGUCCUAUAAGGGCUCAUGUACAGUUAAUUAUGGAGCGCCUCCUGCGGCGGGUGAAUCGCACCGUCAUCAGUAUGAGUAGAGACUCUCCUCUGAUGGGGCAUUACUUGGCCUGUAUGACUGCAAUCCUAAAACAAAUGGAAGAUGCACACUACGCUCACUACAUUAGCACCUUUAAAACCCGGCAGGACAUCAUUGAUUUCCUGAUGGAGACGUUCAUUAUGUUUAAGGAUCUGAUGGGAAAUGUCUUCCCCUCUGAUUGGAUGAUUAUUAACCUCCUGCAGAUGCAGGUGUUUCUGCGAGCUAUAAACCUGUAUUCUGACGUCCUUAACCAGUACUUCCUGGACCCUGCACAUUUUCAUUUGCAGCUAUGGAACAAUUACUUUCACCUCACUGUGGCCUUCAUUACCCACAAAUCCCUGCAGCUGGAGACCUUCUCUGCAGAGAAACGCAAUAACAUUCUCAAUAAGUACGGAGACAUGAGGAAAAGCAUUGGAUUUAAGCUGAGAGAUGUGUGGUACAAUCUUGGUCCUCAUAAGAUGAAGUUUAUUCCUGCGAUGGUUGGACCCAUCCUGAAGGCCACACUAGUUCCUGAACCUGAGCUGAGGAAAGCCACAAUCCCUAUCUUCUUCGAUAUGAUGCAGUGUGAACAUCACCUCAGCCCCACUCACACCUUCCAAACGUUUGAACAGGAACUGAUAACUAAACUCGAUCAAGAGGUAGAAGGAGGUGGAGGUGACGAGCAGUACAAAAUCUUACUGGAGAAAACGCUGUUGGAGCACAGCAGGCGUCACAGGUAUCUGUCUCAGUCCGGUGAGGCACUGGCGGGGCUGUUGAGAUCCCUGCUGGAGAACCUGCUGGCGUAUCGUACGAUUACCCACGAUGAGAGCCCAGAACUGCGCAUGAGCUGCACCGUCAAUGUGCUGAACUUUUACAAAGAGAAGAAAAGGGAAGACAUCUAUAUCCGGUAUUUGUAUAAAUUGCGUGAUCUGCAUUUAGACUGUGAAAACUACACUGAGGCUGCUUACACUCUGCUGCUGCACGCUGAACUGCUGCAGUGGUCAGAUAAGCCCUGUGCCCCCCACCUGAUCCCAUUUGAAGGGACCCCAGCAUGUACCCAGCAAGAGCUGAAGGAACGACUCUUCCAGGACAUUAUUUGUUGUUUAGAUAAAGGAAAAAUGUGGGAAAAGGCCAUUGAGAUGAGCAAGCAGCUCGCCAAAAUGCAGGAGAAUCAGAUGUUUGAUUUUAUGGAGCUCAGCCAGCUGCUGAAACAGCAAGCACAGUUUUAUGAGAACAUCAUGCACGCAAUGAGACCUCAGCCUGAAUACUUUGCAGUAGGAUAUUACGGCCAGGGCUUUCCAUCUUUUCUCAGGAAUAAAGUGUUCAUCUAUCGGGGUAAAGAGUAUGAAUGGCUGGAGGACUUCAGUCUGAAAUUGCUCUCUCAGUUUCCCAAUGCCGUCAGGAUGACUAGCACAGCGCCCCCUGGUGCCUCUGUCUUCAACUCACCCUGCCAGCAUAUUCAGUGCUUCACUGUCAAACCUGUCCUUCAUUUACCUUCACAGUUCAAAGACAAGGGAGUUCCAGAACAAAUCCUUAAUUACUACAGAACAAACGAGGUGGACCAGUUCCAGUACUCCAGACCAUUCAGGAAAGGCCAGAAAGAUCCAGACAAUGAGUUUGCUACUAUGUGGAUUGAAAGGACCACCUACAUCACAGCCUACCGCUUUCCCGGAAUCCUCAAGUGGUUUGAAGUGAAAUCUGUAUCUGUGGAUGAGAUCAGCCCAUUGGAAAAUGCCAUAGAGACUAUGGAGCUGGCCAAUGAGAAGCUCAGUAACCUGGUUCAGCAACAGGCAUGUGACCGCUCUCUUCCUGUUCACCCACUGUCCAUGAUGCUCAAUGGCAUUGUAGACCCAGCGGUCAUGGGCGGCUUCGCCAACUAUGAAAAGGCAUUCUUCACUGAAUCGUACAUGACGCAGCAUCCUGAGGAUCUAGAACGCAUUGAAGUCCUCAAGCACCUUAUUGCUCUUCAGAUCCCCGUGCUGGAAGAGGGGAUUCAGAUUCACGGAGAGAAAUCCACAGAGCAGCUGAAGCCCCUUCACAACCGCCUGCUAACCUGCUUCCAGGAGCUGAGGGAGAAAGUGGAGAGACAGUAUGGGGUCAUCACCCUGCCUUGUCCACUGACUGAAAGGAAGAAGAGUCGUGUUGGAUCAGUUGUGGUUCCUUAUAUCAUGUCCUCAACACUAAGACGCAUGUCCACCAUCUCCACCGUCUCCUCCAUAUCUGUGCAGCCCAGUGUUUCUGGCUCCUCUGAGGAAAACUCCUCCAGAACUGCUUGCCGAGAUUCUCUGCUGACAUGUGUUAACGAUAAGAGAGUGUCGUAUUUGUCACGCUCUGAAGAAGAUAACCGAAUCAGCAAAAAGAACAGGAAGGGGUGGAGCUUGAGCAAAUCUCAGGUCCUGCUGGAAAGACUUACAGACACAAACGAGACUCCUCCAGAAAAACAGCCACGGCCUAAAAGUCUGACGCUUGGGGAUCGGAGACUCACACUCUCACUGUUUCAUGGAGAUUCAGCCGCUCUCAACCUCAACAACCCACUCAGCCCCCUGCCUGCCUCCCCACACACCCCCCGCAGCUCCAGUUGCUCAUCUCUCCUGAGUGACAGUAGUGUCAUCACUGCUGAGAUGUCAGAUACACCUCCACCCAUGCCUCCUAAAAAGCACCUGGCUGAGAGUGACCCUGCUGCUGCUCCAGCUGCUUUUCUGCCUGUGUUGCCAAAUAAAGUGGACAACAAGCCUCCCCCUCCUCCACCCAAAACCCGCAAGUCUAUGUUUCCAGCCCAGGACCACAAUCUACAGUGAACCAGGACUCUGCCCUGUUAACUCCCAUAUUCCUUCAGAACUGAUAUUAUAAAUGCGUCUCCUGUGAGUGCCGGUUACUGUCUGAGUUCUCAGUUUUAAUUUAGAUGUGUAGCUAGUUUGGCUUGUGCUCCUGCCAUGAGUAUCACCUUAGAAGAAAAAAAAACGGUAGAGGGAGCUCGUGAGUGAGUCCUCAAUGAAUUGAGGCUGACUGAGGGUGAAUGGGGUGAGUAAUACUAACGACUUUAUUUUAGGAAGUAGAAUAAAGUGAGUUGCUUUAAAAACUGUAUGUUUUCUUUUUUUUAUACAGUAAAUGGGUUUUAGGCAGGAAAGGUUCCUUCAUUAUUUUUGUUAUACAGGAGUUCUGCUUCAGGGUACGAAUCAGCCAAUCAUUAAUGACGUCCUCUGUUUGAAUCAUUUCUGUGGGAUGGGAAUUUGAUACUUGUUAUUUUUAAAUGUAUUAUUUCUUUAAUUUGCACUAGGGAAGUUUAUUAAGGACAUUAGCAAUAAUAUUUUGAUUCUUUAAGAGUGAGUUCUGUGAGAUAUCACUAAUCAAUAGAAUUUUGAUGUCAGAAAUAUUUGCCAAGGAACCAGUAAUUCUGUUUUUUUAGAUUGAGCCUCAGCAUUUAUCACAAGUGCCUUAUGAAUAAUUGAAUCAUUUCAUAACAUAUAAAUUAGAAACACAAAAAAUAUUUAACAACCAAAAAUAAAUGUAAAAAAAAAUGUAAUAAAACAUAGUUUAUACCAACAAUGAUUCUUUUUUUUUUUUUUUUUUUUUUUUAGUAAUUUUGCUGUUUUUACCCUGAUAAGAUUUUUUCAGAGGUGGUGGAAGACGCACUCAGGCUGAAAGAUACGAGAUGUGCAAGGGCUAGGAUAGUAAUGUUAGCUAAGCUAAUUUAACCUUAGCAUUUGUUUGUUGUCUGAUUGUCUUUCUCUGUGUAAAUUUCACAAAUGUGUGAGAAUAGCACUGCUGAGGUAAGUUUAUGAUUGCAGGACUGCUAAUGUAAAUGUACAGUGCUUUGUUUAGGUUACAUUUGUCUAGUGUAUUUUUGUAAUUGCUUUUUAAAACACCCUGCUGUGGUUACCCCGGUACAGCUGACAGAGUAUUAAGCAACACACUAGAUAGAAUUAAAUAUUUUUGUCUUGUGGAUGUGCUUUUAUAAUGAUGUUAUAUUAGACUUUGAGCUUUUUGCAGUUUUUGUUUCAAAGACUUUUUUUUAUCAGAUUAGUGUCCUAAUGAUGUUUAUUGUGACAGAUUGAAAUAUGAAAAUUGUGUGUUGAUUUAAACUACAGUGAUAUUUUUACACAGUGUCCUUAUUGCAUACUGAUUUCUGAACAAUAUUUUUCUGAACUUAUUUUUCUGAUUUAAUAAAGAAAUUUGGAGGGCUAAGUGUAUAGGCCUUUUAUUAUUGUGCAUAAAUAGUUUAUAACUGAGAGAUUAUCUGAACUUGAUUGUAAAUGUUGAUUGUGAUAUGUAAACAUGCUGAUUAAUUAUGUUGAGUGAAUGUUUUAUAUAUAGAUUUAUUUAUACAAAAUGAUUGAAUAAAUGCACUCAGAUAAUAUUUAA